AUGAGAAGACGUUUCACUAGUCAAAAGAACACUAACGCAAAAGCAGAGAUUACGGUUGGUUAUAACGUAAAUGAUGAUAAAUCACGAAUUAUUCAAAAUGUUAAAGUUAAUGUUAGCCCUGAAUUAACAAGGUCAGCAACUCAACCAAAUUUAUUAACUCGUGACUUACCGAAGAAUGAGGAGAAUGAAGAAAACCAUGAGAAUGGAGACCCAAUCAUUUUAUCUGAACCUGGUAAAGAACCUGUUGAAAUUCCCACUUAUCCAACAUACCCCUCACCUCUUUCAUCAAACAUCGAGAACCCAUAUAAAAUAGACAUUAAUUCUGAAUUAAUGAAAAUUUACCGUGAUAUAAUAAUUAAUAAUUAUGAUUCAAUAAUAAAUUUAAUUGAUCAAUCCGGUUUAAUUAUUUUACCUUAUGAAUCAUUAAUUCACAUUAUCGCCAUUCUUUGUGAUGUUCAAGAUUCAGACGUUAAGAUUUAA